CGCCUGAGUAACUACUCGGUAUUGUAUAGAGCUCGUUGUAUCUGGCCAGCCCUACCAAGCCGGCCUAAUAUCCAACACAACAUAGACAAGAUAUCAGAGUGUCACUGAUACACAAGACAAACCUGUUUCGUCACACCGAUGGAUACACUUGAGAAGAUCCCUUACUGGGACGCAGAUGCGUUCAUUGAUUAGAAGUAUACAUACAUGAAUAAGAAAUUCAAUAUUCAAAGCCAUAUAAACUAAAUCUAAUCCCUAGUCUUUCUUCACCUACUAUUUAUCAAUAUCAAAGAUGGGGCUCACUUUGAUACCAUCGUUAUUGCUGAUUUCUUUGGUUGUUUGGAUAGCUGGAUAUAUCAUCUAUCAAAUAUAUUUCCACCCUCUAUCCAAAUACCCCGGGCCGUUUGUGUCCAAGUUGACGAGUUUCAAUAGAGCCUAUCAUGCCUGGAAAGGGGAUAUUCAUUUACAUUUGUGGGUUUUGCAUGAGAAAUAUGGACCGAUUGUGCGUCUUUCGCCGAAUAUGUUGAUUUUUAAUACCCUCGAAUCUGCGAAUGAUAUCUACUUGAAAGGUGCGAAUGUCGGCAAAGGUGAGGAGUAUAAUCGUCUCAACAGAAAAGCAACGAACAUCAUGACGCUGGUCGAUGAUAAAGAAUACCACACCCGACGCAGACAGCUGUAUCCUGCGUUCUCGGACAAGGCUCUUCGGGGAUAUGAGCAUCGGAUUCUGGGCCAUGUGAGGCAGUUCUGUACGCUGCUUUAUCCUAGACAUUUGGGUCAGAAUGAAGAUAAAGAAAAGGGAGAAUGGGGCCCUGCGAUGAAAAUGUCCGACUGGUGCAGUUACUUGACCUUUGACAUUAUGGCUGAUAUUAUAUUUGGGGCGAAGCAUGACCUGCUGAAUGAUGAUACUCAUCGGUCGAUUAUCGGUGAUAUUGAAGAGUCCAACGUGCGGACUACGGUGCUCAUGCAGAUCCCAUGGUUGUACCUUGGGAGAAUGGACAGGAAGCUGUUUCCCGAGUCGAUCAAGAGUCGGAUUCGAUAUUUGAAGCUGGUUGAUAAGAUGGUUUCGAAUCAUGUUCAAGGCAAAAUGGAGCAGAAGGAGGGAACUAUCUUUUCGCUUCUUUCGCAGGGGGAGCAGAAGCUUCGUGAUGCGGAUCUUCAUUCUGAAGCGACACAUUUGACGAUUGCUGGGUACGAUACCACUGCCACUGCAUUAUGUGCCGUCGUCUUCUAUCUCAGCAUCUCCCCCCACGCAUACAACCGACUCGCAGCAGAAAUCCGCAGUCAAUUCAACCACGCAGAUGAAAUCCGACUUGGUUCUCGACUGUCUAGCUGUGAAUACCUCCGAGCCUGUGUAGACGAAGCACUGCGAAUGUCACCAUCCGUCGCCACCUGUCUAGCACGCGUUGUCCGUCCCGGUGGCCAAACGAUCGACGGCCAUUUCAUCCCUGCAGGCUGCGGAGUUGGAACAGGCAUCUAUCCCCUCCAGCACAACGCGAAGUACUUCCCUCGACCACACGACUUUCUUCCUGAGCGCUUUUUGCCCGACUCGGACAUGUUCUCCCCGGAGCAAGUCCGCGUAACUCAAGCGGCGUAUAAUGCCUUUUCACGAGGGCCGAGGACCUGCAUUGGGAAACCAAUCGCAUAUGCAGAGCUGAUGGUGACGAUCGCCUCUUUGAUCCUGAUGUAUGAUUUCAAGACUGCGGAUGGUGCUGAUGGGGAAUUGGGGGGUGGGAAUUUACUCGGCGAGGCCGGGAGGACGAAUCCACGCGAGUUUCAGUUGUUUGAUCGAGUUUCCUACGACUCCGAGCAUGCUCAGGCUCACGAGCAGCUCACCCAGCGCCCCCACGAGGCCAAGUUCUCCCACGAGCUCAUCGGUGGUGCCGCUGCCUACGAGGCCAUGAAGGCCUACGAGGAGCACGAGGCCCGCAACGGCAAGGUCGACGAGCACGCCAAGGCCAAGGAGGUCGUCGCCGGACUCAUCGGUGCCUUUGUCGACCGUGAGGUUGAGACCAAGGGCCUUGACUUCAUUGACCGUCAGAAGGCCAAGCACCACGCUCAGCAGGAGGCCGAGCGCGGUAUGGCCCAGAGUGGACGCUGGUAGACGGUGUCUGUAUAUAUAUAAAGGAAUUAUGAUGAAUGAUUAUAAGAUUCAACUUAGUGGUUUUCCCCCGUAGAUGUAUUUGAUUGAGAUGUGGCUCUUGUAUGUUGUCUAUAUGGUUGACAUUGCCAUUGCAUAUAUAUACUUUCAACUAUAUUGAAGUUACAUGAUUUACAUCUUUCCUUGCAAUGCUGGUUUAUCUAAUGUGCCCUUCUUGGUAAGACACAUUUCGUACAAUUGUCGAAUAUUGGCUUCUCGGGCUAUAUCUUU